GAAGGGGUGUCUUUUAGAACAAAAUCUAAAACACAAGGGUUGUUUCUCACAUAAUAUAGUGUGUGUGUGUGUGUGUGUGAUACCACUCUUCUUCCCCACAGAUAGAUCCAUUGCCUCCCAAACCUUCACAGACAUUCAUGCUUAAUCAACGAGAUCAGCAAGUGUCGAUAGAUAUAAAGCAGCAGCACAGGUUUCAAAUCCUCUUCACAUCUCACUAUCCAGAACUGACCGACCUCCACUUUGGCGACUUCAACAUCAACUGAUAAAGCUGUUUUAGCUCCCAACAACAAUGAACGACCAACAAGCUCCCUCGGCCACCACCGAUGGCAUGUCAACAGAUCCAACUAUCCAACGCAAACAUGCAGCCAUGAUCGAACGCCUUUCAAACCUCCACCAAUCACGUGUUUCUAACAAAACUGACCCAAAAGAUCCGUCAUUUGAGUCCACCAAAUCAUUUCUCUUACUUUUCACAAAUUCCAAGCAAGCAAUCGAGUCCUCGCUUACCCAAGUUCAACAAAUCUCAGAUACAGAUCCGACGCAAGAUCUCAAACCCGAACUCGAAAAAAUGUCUCUCUCUAUCACCGAACUCGAAAAACUCGUUGCUGAAAACUCUUACUUUUUACCCCCAUAUGAAGUCCGUUCGUCCCUUAAAACCAUCUCUGACCUCAAACAGACAUUAGAUUCAGUCACUUCAAAAGUCAAACCUAGAAAAAAGUUCUCAUUCAAAAACAGACCCGCAAAAAAACCAGAACCCGCGAACACUAUUACCAUAGAAGCCAUCGAGAAUGAGAGAGAACAACAAUCGAGUUACAAGGUUAAAGAUUCACCGGGGUUCAGGAGUAAAGAAAAUGAGAUAUUAACCAAGGAAUUUAAAGGUUCAGAGAUUGGAGAAUUUGUGCUAUCAGAUCUAACCAACUGUGAGGUGAGACUGAGAGGAUGUUUUCGGACUUUAUUUAUAAACCGGCUGAAAAAUUGCAAGAUUUACACGGGGCCUGUGUUGGGUUCAAUCUUGAUUGAAGAAGUGGAAGGGUGUUUGUUUGUGGUUGCAUCACAUCAGAUCAGGAUUCAUGACGCUAAAGAGAGUGACUUUUAUUUAAGAUGCAGGAGUCGCCCCAUAAUCGAGCGGAGUUCUGGGGUUCGAUUUGCGCCAUACCGAUUGUGUUACGACGGGAUUGAGAGUGAUCUCCGGGAAUCGAAUUUGGAUGAUGAUACUGGGAGUUGGGCGAAUGUGGAUGAUUUUCAGUGGUUGCGAGCUGUUCAGUCACCAAACUGGUCAAUUCUGCCAGAAAGUCAACGCAUUGAUACAGUGAACAUUUGAAAUUUGUUUGUGUUCAGAGAUGCUACAUCAUAUCAUAUUAUAUGUAGCUUUCUUGUGAUUUAAAUUGCUAUGCAUGAAUGAUUUUAUUUGGUUAUCAUUAUCAUUAUAUGUUUUAAUAAUGUGGAUUAUUGAGUUGUUUAUAAU